CCAGUAGCACCGCUUCACGCAGAAAUCUCUCACUUCUUGGAUUAACACACAGCCACUGUGAUGCUUCUCUUCUUGGUUAUUCCUUAUCUGUCUCUUAUCAUUGCAGUCAGAGUGUCAGCUGUUAUUCAGCCCAGUCCUGACACUGGUGUUUGCCCCCUGGGUCACUUCCCCUGCGGUAACCUCACGGAGUGCCUGCCCCAGCCGCUGCACUGCAAUGGGGUCGCGGACUGCGUCAAUGGAGCCGAUGAGGAGAACUGCGUUGAUAACAGUGGAUGGCCUCAUCUUUUUGAUGCCUUUUUAAAGAAAAAUGUUGAAGAGACAAAGGAUUGUUUGCUGGAUUUCUAUUCUGAGGACUGCCAGUGCGAGGGCAGAAGAGUGGACUGCAGUAACAAGGACCUGCAUGCUGUGCCAGCGGUCUCCUCCAACGUGACUGCUCUAGAUUUGAAGAACAAUCACAUUAGAUCUUUAUCAGCUGACCUUUUCAUCAGAUACAAAAACCUGGAGAGGCUACACUUGCAGAAUAACAGCAUUGAAACCAUAUCUAACAAGGCUUUUUCAGGACUUUUCAAACUUCAAAAACUAUUCCUCAACCAAAAUCACAUUACCACACUGAAGGCAGGGGUCUUCCAGGAUCUUCAUCAUCUCGAAUGGCUAAUUCUGGAUGACAACAAAGUAAGCACGAUCACUCAGAAGUCAUUUGUAGGACUCCAUUCCCUCUUCUUUCUAUCUCUGCUGAACAAUUCACUGCAGCAAAUCCCCAGGAGCUCCAUCUGUGUGGAAAUUCAAAGAUUAAACUGGCUAGAAAUGGAAGGAAAUCUGAUUCGAUCCCUGCACUAUUCAGCUUUCAGGGAAUGUGCUGCCUUGACAGUGCUAGUGCUGCGUAGGAACCGAAUAAGAACGCUUGAAGAAGACACAUUUUCUGCCAUGCACAAGCUCAUAGAAUUAGACUUGUCCGUCAAUAGAAUUCAAGAGCUUCCGUCUUCUUUAUUCCGAAACCUACAAAGUCUGAGGCAGCUGAAUAUUUCACACAACCCUCUGUCUCAAAUCCACGACGAUCAGUUUGACAGCCUCUUUCAUUUGCAGUCACUAAGUAUAGAGGGAAUAGAAAUUCAAAACAUGCACCAUCGAAUGUUUAAAAAUCUGGGAAACCUUUCACACAUAUAUUUUAAGAAGUUUGAGUACUGUCGCUAUUCUCCGAACGUGCGCAGCUGCAAGCCCAACACAGAUGGCAUCUCCUCUUUCGAGAACCUGCUGGCUAAUAUCAUCCUGCGAGUGUUUGUCUGGGUGGUGGCCUGCAUCACCUGCUUUGGGAAUGUGUUCGUGAUCAGCCUGAGGUCCUGCAUCACUACAGAGAACAGGCACCACACCAUGUCUAUCAAGUCUUUGUGCUGCGCAGACUGCUUGAUGGGGGUCUACCUCUUCUUCAUUGGCGCGUUUGACAUCAAGUACUAUGGGGAGUACAACCGUCACGCCCAGAACUGGAUGGAAAGCACACAGUGCCAGCUCAUCGGUUCCCUGGCCAUGCUGUCCACUGAAGUAUCAGUCAUGCUGCUGACGUACAUGACCCUGGAGAAGUACCUCUGUAUAGUCUUCCCCUUCAGUAACUACCGCGCCGGGAAGAAGCAGACCCUCUCCACCCUCAUCGCUAUCUGGCUGCUGGGCUUCAUCAUUGCGGUGAUCCCUUUCUGGGACAAGGACUCCUUCGGGAACUACUACGGGAGGAACGGAGUCUGCUUCCCCCUCCACUCCGACCGGACUGAGAAACCUGGAGCCAGGAGCUAUUCCACUGGGAUAUUUCUUGGCUUGAACCUGUUUGCCUUCAUCACCAUAGUCUUCUCCUACACCAGCAUGUUUUAUUCAAUUCGGAAAACUGGAGCCCAGACGGCUGAGCGGAGCGUCUUCCACCGAGAGGUGGCCAUCGCCAAGCGCUUCUUCUUCAUCGUGUUCACCGACGCCCUCUGCUGGAUUCCUAUAUUUCUGCUCAAAAUCCUCUCGCUGUUGCAGGUGGAAAUACCAGGUACCAUAACCUCCUGGGUGGUGAUCUUCAUCCUGCCAAUCAACAGUGCGCUGAACCCCAUCCUGUACAGCAUCACCACCACUUCCUUUCAGGAGAGACUCAAGCACUGCCUGCAGACGAAAUGGCAGCAGCUGGGAGUCAAAGAUCAUCGGCAAAGCAUUGCUAUGUCAACCAUAAAGACAGCAACGUCGUGACGCAUCUCACAGCAUCGGGGCGGGGCUACACACCGCUCCUGUAAACUCACCGUGGAUCCCAAGAUGUAACUGAAUUGAGUUUGGCCUUUUGCCUCCCCCAAUUCUCGAUCGCUGCCAUUGUCGUCAGCUCAUUUUCAACAGUGUUGACAGUGUACAGCACACUGCUGGAGCACCUUGAACUCAUUCCAAGAUUUUGCGUUGCAGACAGCUUUGCUUAUUUGCGUGGAACCAGAAUUGGGAGGUGGCUGUAAAGCUAGCCAGGCUUUUAAUUGCUACAGCAUUUAAAUAGAGUUGUUCUCUGUGUUCAUGAGUUACUCCCCUCCAUGGCCUCUCAAUUCACAAUCACAAAUUGUAGAAAUACAUUUAUAUUCCUGAUUCUUGUGGCAAAAAAAACAAAACAAAAACAACACCACUCUUUCACUGCACUUGUGUUUCUAUAUUGUGAACACAACACUCUUCCGGUAUCUAUAAUAUGAAUACAUUUUCUUUGCUUUUUCACUGCCUCUUUGGGGUUUGUAAACUAGAUUCUUUAUUUACAGUAGAUUAAUUACAAAUGAAAUGAAAAGGUCGACAGAAGGGCAAGAGUAUUUGCACAUCAUUUUCGAAAUCUAUGGCAGUGUGUUUUUUAUAGGGAGAACUCAACUUCUCAGUUACUCUCGUCACUGCCUAGCCAAGUUGGAGCUGUUCAAAUGCUACCUCCUAGUGGCAAUCAAAGGGAACUGCAACACAUGAUCACAGAAAGUUAAAGUCAUCAGCUGAGAUUCCAAAGUGUGCCAUUUCAGCAAAACCAGUGAGAAAAAACAACACAGAAUGACCGGGCUGGCGAUGAACUAGGAAGGAAGCUGCAAUUUUGGUUCCUCUAUUUCAAAUACGAGAGGUCGGCAGGAAACAUUUGCUUCUCUUCACAAACGAACCCUGCUGUGUCAUCUAGCUUCUGUCUUACAAACCUCUACCUCAUCAAAAAGCUAUUCAAACAAGAACUACUGCGUGCUGUCCUUCCACAUGAUUGUGAAUGGUGAGGACAACAUAGCAAUGCCAAGGCAAGUAAGAGACACUUUGAGUUUUAUAGAUCUGUGGACAGGCUCCCCACGAGAAGUGGCAUCUUGAUGUAUAUAUAGGAGGUCCUGGGGUUUCAGGAAUAAAUACACUUUCACAUUGUGAGGAACUUCUCUUUGCCUGGGACGAGUCGAACCCAGGGUCAGGGCUUCGAAGCACUACUGAUAGAGCUGGGCUCCCUCACGUCUUAUACACAGAACCACAUCAUCACACAGUGCAAAUAUACAGUACGCUGGGAACAAUCAACAUGCUAAACCAUACCAAAAUCUAUAUAUUCAAUGUAAAGCUACAUGUAAUGAUAAAACUAUCCAACUUCACAAUACAUAUAUAUACACACACACCACAGUCAACCAUGGAGAAUGCCAGUUUACUCUUGUUGUAACAGAAGGAAUCUUGUAUUUGGAAUUUCAGCCAGAAGCAAUAGAGGUAUCUAUUUGUGUUGAUAAUCCAUCAGUUAACAAAUCAGACAAUGAUUUGUACUAUGGGUACAGUAGCAAUCAGGGAGUAUUUGCUUACAGUGCACGGUAUCCUGCCCUGUGACAUACCGAUGCAGACUGUAAGCAGAAAUGUACCCGGUGACAAGGUGUAGGAGGGUUUUGCUAAAACUAAACGACAGUGGGGAGUAGUACAGGCAGGGGCUGAAUACCACAGGGUCGAUGCUGAGGAAUUGAAAUUCCAGAUACAGGAUUGUAUAUAUGCUGCUGAAUGCCGAAAAUGUCAUUGUUUUGCACAAUGUCUGUACAGAUGACAAUUAUACAAACAAUGCUACUGCAGAUGCCAGUGUUCUCUACUGUAAUUAUUUUAAAAAUAACUAAUCAACUACAUUUCACAGCCAUACUCUGGGCAAUAUAUACCAUACAUUGUGGAUUGUGGUUGUAUACAUGGCACAUACCGUUAUGGACGGAUGCUACAGCUUUAUGUCAUUUACAUUAAUUUUGUUUCUUUCUUUUAAUUGUUUUUAGCACACAAAUACUGUACAACAUAUGGCACCCGUUUGGCUAUUUUAUUUUAUUUUUAACAAAAGGAACUUAUCAGUGUGUGUCAUUAUUGUAUUAAAUGUUAAAAAAAGAAAGGUUAUUAAAACUGUUCACAGCACAGCAAAAGCAAACACAAUGAAGAUAUUUUCAAUAAAAUGUUACAUUCAAUAAAAUGUUUUCUAGGCA